CACUCAUCGACUUGUGGCGCCACGGAGAGAUGCCAGUGCGACGCUCCCAUCGGGUUUGGCCUUUCGUGGCCAUGGCCUUGCUGUUCCGCAUGCAGCUGGUCAACUUCUGUGGCACGCCUUCCCCCCAUCGCCGAUUGAACACAGCUCUGAACUGGUGGCGGCGCAAGUCGGAGGAGCCAUCGCCGGAGCCAGUGCCAAUCACUCCUGUGUCAAAUGUGGACAUUAGCAGCAUGGACAUUCGUUCAGUGUCUUGCUGGCUUGCGACUUUGGACUUGGAGCAGUACGUCCCAAAUUUUGAAGCUGCAUCGGUUAAUGGGCUAAUGCUCCAAGACUUGACUGAUGAGGAUCUCGAAGUUGUCGGCGUGGACCAACCCUUCCAUCGCAAGAAGAUUCUUACGCACCGCAAUGUUUUGGUUGAGAAAGGUUUUGAGACAUUAUCAUUCCCUGAGCGGUGGCACUUGGAUCGUGUGUGCGAGGCCUCCAAGGUCAAUGAUCCAGUUCUUGAGCCGCAACUAUUUGCCGAAGAAGUUUUGACGAAGAUGAAGCUGCAAGGAAUGGAAAUCGGAUCUCACCAAGAAGCCGAAGCAUUGGUCAAAUCACUGGAUACUCUCGUUGUUGACCUGUUGGAACAAAAUGUCUACUUGGACACCCUUGAAGCUAUCAAUUUGUACACUAGGAGCCAGACAGCCCAAGCUGGUCUUGGGUCCGAUGGGUCUGGCUCUGUCAGGCAAGACAUCCAGGAAGAUCAGCUCCAAAUCCUUGCAGCAGCAAAUUCACUUCAGGAAGGGAUCUCUGCGACCCAAUCCAACAUCAAGCAGUUGGCAGUUGCCAUGCUGAUGUAUUGCAAGUCAGUCACACCAAGCAAGAUGAGUGACUCAGACAAAGAUGCCGCCAGAUCGCGACUGGAAGAAACUCUGCAAACCUGGAAAGACAAGAUGCUGGACCAGGGAAAGAAAGCUUCGAUUUGCAAUCAGGGUUUUGUGCGGCGGACUGCAGCUCGCAUUAUGUCGCAACUGCCAGGAGGGGCUGCUGUAAGAUCCAACCUGGAAGAAUUUUCCAAGUUGAGAGAGGAGAAGGAACAAGAAGCCGAGAAGUGCAAGCGGAUUUAUGACCUCGCAGAUCCCGAGUUGCAGCUAGCCUUAAAGGCCAGAAAGGAUGGUGGACUAAAGAAAAUGAUACAAUUUGAAGAAGAAAAGCUUCGCAGACUUGAGAAGCGCCAAGACAGUCUGCUAGAGAAAAAAGGGAAACUUGAGAAGCUCAAGGAGGAUUAUCGAGUGUUUCGGUCACAGCAGCGAAAUGAAACGAAGAACAUUCGUGACUGGCACAUCAAGCGUUGGUGGAGAUCCAUGUGGAAAGAAGAGAUGGAGGUUUACGAAAACCAGGUGACAAAAGAUGAAGAGCACCGGCAGGCAGAUGAGCGAGAUCUUGAUCGGAAGUUGGAAAAGAUUGAUGAUGAGCUGAUUGACAUCUCUGACAAAAAGGAAAAACUGCGGGACGACAUUGAAGAAUUGAAGGUCAAAGAUUCACAAGAGUUCUGGACAAGCAAGCUUUCCGCGGAAGGCCUGCUUGCAGCAGAGGCAGAAGUGAAACGAAAAGAUGAGAAGUUGAAAUUCAUUCAGGAACAGCUGCUCGAAGCUAUGAAGAAGACAGGAGUAGCUAAUCCGGAGCUGGCUGCAGACCUUAUUACCCAGCAUGAAAGGUCUAGCAUCCUUCUCUCAGAGACGAGCAAGAAAUCCAAAGUGGUAGCCCAGGGUAUGCAAGAGAUCAUAUCACAGGUAGAGAUGACAAUCCAUGACUCCAGCAAUGUCAUGGAGCAGGUUGCCAGUGCAUUGCUUAUUAUUCAUGACGAACAUCAAGAACAGAUGCGCAGGCUCAAGAAGUCCAAGCCGCAAGUCUUGAAGAAUGUAUGGGAGUCGAAGGCCGUGUUCUUGGCUCCACUGGCUCCGGAAUCUCCGGCUUCCCUCAACAGAACGGCAUGAAAUAGGCCAAGUUUCUGCGUGUCUGUGGUACGGACACGCGGACUCGUGGCUCUCAAAGCAGGCAUUGUGUUGCCUGAAUACAGGAUAAUACAGGAACAUUUUAAGAUUUUAUCGGGAACAGCCAAGAUGCCCAGCUUCCCGUGAGAAUUCCAGCUCCUCUGCUGCUCAACCGGUUUUGUUUAAGUUUAAAUCUCGUUGGAUAGCCUGGCACUUGG